GAUCUACGGCGAACAGUCAUGUCGAAUGCAAGGCGCCGUUUCAGUACGGUGACGCAGAUAAAUACAGAAGGCCUUCAAGCUAUGGGAAAAGGCGGGGGUCGAAUGGAAACUGUCGGAGAGGAUGGUAUCCCUGCGGAUUAUAAAGGAAAUCGAAAAUUCACGACAAGUCUCGGUCACCUGGCAUUAUACAAGGAGGAUGAGGGGAUUGGGACACAAGCUUCUUUUAUUUCGGGUUAUACAACGCCCGGUCCGAAAGAAAGAGCAACUUCUGAGCAUGUGAAGGCCAACUUGGGAGUGAUGCUUGGAGUUUAUUUACCCACAAUUCAACAUAUUCUCGGAGUUACCAUGUUUAUCCGUCUUUUUUGGGUCGUUGGAAUGUCUGGCGUUGCUUGGACAAUGGCCCUACUCGCCAUUUGUUGUUUAUCGACUCUUUUGACCUCAAUCUCAUUAUCAGCAGUUGCCACAAACGGAGUCGUUGAAUCUGGAGGAGCAUAUUUCAUUAUUAGCAGAAAUCUUGGAGCUGAAUUUGGAUCAGCUGUUGGUAUUUUGUUUUACUUGGCAAACACAGUGGCUGCAUCGAUGUACAUUGUUGGCGGUGUUGAAGUUAUUCUCAUGUAUUUGUGGCCUGAAAUGGCAAUUGGUGGAGCUGAUGCACUUCAUGAUACUGAAAUGUUUGGAAGUCUUUAUAAUAAUCUUCGUCUCUACGGAACCGUUUUUCUUCUCAUUCAAGCUCUCAUUGUGGCAAUGGGUGUCAAAUUUGUGCAACUACUUGCUCCAGUGUCUCUGAUGUGUGUUAUAUUGGCAAUUGCUGCUUGUAUCGGAGGUGGAAUUGAAAAACAGAUUACAAUGGAAGGAAUGAAAGUAUGUGCCAUUGACAAUCAUUUGUUGCAAUCUUCAAUUGUCACUCACCCAAUUCAUAAAAAUCAGACUAGUUGGUUUAAUGAAACUGUUGAUUUCUGCAAUCUAUGUGAUAAAUCUCUUUAUCUUGAAAGUGUUUUCUGUGCAAAUGUGAAUAAUGACGAAGCUUCAGCAGAAGAUGAUGUUUUUUGUACUCACUAUACUUCAAAAAAGAUGACAUGCCAAUUAGCAUUCCCUGGUUUCAAUAUGAAAACUCUAAACGACAAUAUGUGGCCCGAGUACAUGGAAAAAUCAGAAGUGGUACCUGGUGUGAGAGGAAAAGAAACUGCUGAAGUUGUACAAGAUGAAUCUUCAACAUUCUUCAUGCUUAUGGCUAUUUAUUUCCCAGCUGUGACUGGAAUCUUCACUGGAACAAAUAUGAGCGGAGAUUUGAGAGAUCCACAAAGAAGUAUCCCUGUUGGAACAAUUGCUGCAACACUUACAACUUCAGCAAUCUACUACAUACUUGCAAUUUUAUUUGGUGGAUCGAUAACAAGAAGUGUGUUACGUGACAAAUUCGGUCGAUCAAUUGGAAAUACAAUGGUUGUUGCUGCCCUCUCAUGGCCACAUCCUGCUGUUGUAACUGUUGGAGCAUUCUUGUCUACUUUUGGUGCUGCUCUUCAAUGCCUCUGCAGUGCGCCCCGUCUAUUACAAUCGAUCGCCAAGGAUGACGUAAUCCCGAUUCUCGCCCCAUUCGCCCGUGUUACAAAAAACAAUGAACCUUUUCUUGGAUUGGUUCUCACUGUCAUCAUCGCAGAAUGUGGAAUCCUUCUUGGAGCUGUGGAUAAGAUUGCCGAAGUUCUUGAUUUCUUUUUCCUUAUGUGUUAUGCAUUUGUGAAUUUGAUAGCAGUUCUUCAUUCCGUCUUGAAGUCACCAAAUUGGCGACCCAGAUUUAAAUAUUUUCACUGGACUCUAUCACUUCUUGGAGCGGCUCUAUGCUUCUUCAUUAUGUUUGCUUCAAGUGUUCCACUGGCAUGUAUUGCUUGUACCGCAACUGCAGUCAUCUAUAAAUAUGUGGAAUGGAAAGGAGCCAAGAAAGAAUGGGGAGAUGGAAUGAGAGGUUUGGCUCUGACAACUGCACAAUACAGCCUGCUAAAAGUCGAGGACAAAGAUCCACAUCCAAAGAAUUGGAGACCGCAGGUUUUGAUUCUUCUCACAAGUCAAUGGUCAAAGGAAAUGAUUGAUAGAAGAGCUGUGUCAAUGCUAAAUUUGGGGGCACAGUUGAAAGCUGGACGAGGACUUGCUAUUGCUUGUGCUUUUUUGAAAGGUUCAGUUGAUUCCCAGAAAGAUAAAAACCGUGCAAGAGACGUUAAAACCACUCUUGUAAAAGAUAUGUCAAGUGUUCGUCUUCGUGGAUUUGCCAAAACCAUGUUCUAUAACAAUCAUCAAAUUAAUGGAACUAUAUCUGGACUUUAUCAGUCAAUUGGAAUUGGAGGAUUGAGACCGAACACUAUUCUACUGAAUUGGCCGAAUGAGAAGAAUCCCGAUGAGCUUGUUCUUUUUGCUGAGGAAAUUAUUCAUGGAGCUGCAAAUGAUAACUGUUUGAUCGUCACCAAAGGAAUCACAGAUUUCCCUGAAUACUCUGAACGUCUAACUGGUUUUAUUGAUAUUUGGUGGAUUGUACAAGAUGGAGGAAUUCUUAUGCUUAUUGCUUAUCUUCUUCGUCAGCAUAAAGUAUGGAAAGGUUGCACACUUCGAAUUUUUGCAGUCAGUGAACAAGAUUCUACGAAAUCAGAAGAUAUGAAAGCAGGACUUCAGAAAUAUAUUUAUAUGCUGAGAAUUGAUGCCGAGCUUUUCAUUGUUGAUCUUCUUGAUAUGGAAGUGUCAGAUGAAGUAGUUGAAAAAGCAGCAGAAGUCGAAAGAAAACAGAAAGAAAGAGAAGAAAUGAGAAGAAGUAAAAGUGGAUAUUUGAAUGAUGGUUUUAUGGAAGACAAUGGAAAACCUCGGCAAGUGAUGAUGCGUCAUAGCGAUUCAGCAAGAAGUUUUAGUCCACAGCCAGGUGCACAUACUUCCAUCAACUUGGAUGAGACAGAAACAUCAUUUACCGAAAGCCUAUUUGAUGAUUUCUACCGUUCGGGAACUCCCAAUGAAGAUCUCGAAGGUGCAAUGAAACUGAACAUUCACAAAAUGAAUACAUCCGUUCGUCUAAAUCGUGUUAUUCGAGAAAAUUCUCCAGACUCUCAGUUGAUCUUAUUGAAUCUACCAUCUCCUCCAAGAAACCGUCUUGCUUUCAACAAUUCUUAUAUGACAUAUUUGGACGUGUUGACUGAAGAUUUGCCACGUGUACUUUUCAUUGGUGGAAGUGGCCGUGAAGUUAUUACAAUCGACUCUUAAAUCGAUUAUUUUUCAGUUUUCUUUCUUUAUUUUUUAAAUUGUUAUAGGAAUCAUGUAUCUAAUACUGUACCAUGGCACCUUUUUGAUAUGCCCAUGACUAUACUUUCUGACUUGAACAUGAUUUUGAAAUAAAUUGAAACUCGGU